GAGAAGGAGAGACGGAGAAGACGAAGCGCAGGAGAGGCGAAGAGAGAGUCCUGCUCAGCGUGGACCUGUGCGUCGUUGCAUGGCCGACCUGGAGACUCGCUCUCCGCAAGGUGAGACGCGCGGACCAAAGAGGAGGCCUCGAAGGAUCGACAGGAAUUCUCGUGAAAGCUGACUCUUCCUCUUUCGCAUGCUUCGCGAUCGCGCGCGCCCGUGUUCUCCUCCGGCCGUCCCUGUCAUUCCUCUUUAUCCGACGUUGACUCCAACUUCUCUCUUCGUGUACCAACGAGUGAGUGAUUUAUACUUUUUACCGCGAGGAAUCUCCUAACUUUCCACAAAGUGUUCUCGAUGCAGUUCCGCCACGGAAGUGAGUCCAGAUCGUUAUUUAUCGGUGAAAACCCCCCAUCGUUCUUGCACUGAACAGAAUUAAACGCGCGUGCUCAUCCUCAAAUUCGUUGGAGUUUCCAUGGAGUGAAUGAAGUACCUUGGAUUAGAAUAAAUCAAACUCUCAAGUAAGCUCGUCGUUGGACAUCUUCGUGGAAGCGACGUAAAAUGCAAAGUCAACACGUUCGACCGUGAUAACGUGUGCAUACGUUAGAGUGUAGCUUCUCUUAUCAAGCGCAUGAAACCGAUCUCUCGUACACCCGUGAUUUUAUGCGCGCGUAUCCGUCAAGAGAAGUCUACUUCUUCACAUCAAGACGCCUGACAACUACGAUCGGCGAACCGUGUCAGUCGCCUCGUGUCACGUAGGAUUUCUAAAUCGAUGCAUCUUUUGGUGCUGUCUCGCCAAGUUUCGCUGCUCUGCGGAAGGUGAACAGUGUGUGUUUCCUCGGUGGCGUUAAAGUAUAUAUUCGAAUACCUGGUGCGCGUAAGUGUGUGCACAUCGCUAGCUCAGAAGACUCGUCGCGAAAGUAAACGUUGGAAUUUCCUUUCGGAGUCUCUGCCAAGACAAUCACGUACGUUUCGUCUUGGAUUUAUCUCGCAGCCCACAUGAAUGUUAAACUAAGACACUCGUGAUGACUUUAAUGCCCGACAUGUGACAUGCAUGGUGAAGAAGGGAGAGCGAUGGCAGCGGCGGAAACAGUUCUCCGAAGUGCCUCCGAUCUUCUCCUUGUUCGUGAUAAUCGACGAGCCCACGAAGCAGAAGAGGGAAUCUUCACCUUGGCAAGGCCUACGGGUUCGUGAAGGGCAUGAAAGCUCAUCAUGUUCAACCACCGACACGGGCCACGAGCGCUGUUGACCUGCAACUUCCUCAGCGUGACAUUCCUCCUGCUGAUCGUCGCCGAUAACUACGAUGCGUUAAUUCAACCGAGUUCUACAGAUGUCAAUUCAACCGAAUUCGUCAAAGGGAAAAUUUGCAUUGGUACAAAUGGCCGUCUCUCCGUGCCGUCCAACAAGCAACAUCACUACCGGAAUCUUCGAGACCGGUACACCAACUGUACUUACGUCGAUGGUAACCUGGAGAUCACAUGGCUCCAGAACAAAACCUUCGACCUCAGCUUCCUGCAGUACAUACGGGAGGUCACCGGCUACGUCCUCAUCACUCACGUGGACGUGCCCAGGAUCGUCCUCCCGAGCCUACAGAUCAUCCGCGGCAGGACCCUUUUCAAGCUCAAUAUCCACAACCACGAAUUUGCCCUCUUCGUCACAAUGUGUCAAAUGCACAACCUGGAGAUGCCGUCACUUAGAGAUAUACUCAACGGGAGCGUGGGCAUGUACAACAACUACAACCUCUGCCAUAUCAAGACUAUCAAUUGGGACGAAAUAAUCACGGGCCAAGGAGGACGAUACUUCUACUUGUACAAUUUUUCGUCGCCAGAACGCUCGUGCCCGGCAUGCGACGAAAGCUGCCAGCAGGGCUGCUGGGGCGAAGGCCCGGAGAACUGUCAGAAGUUCUCGAAGACGAACUGCUCGCCUCAGUGCUGGCAGGGCAGGUGCUUCGGUUCUAAUCCGCGCGAAUGUUGCCAUCUUUUUUGCGCGGGUGGUUGCACCGGUCCCAAACAGAGCGAUUGUCUUGCCUGCAAGAAUUUCUUCGACGACGGCGUAUGCACGCAGGAAUGUCCACCAAUGCAAAAAUACAAUCCAACAACCUACUCGUGGGAAGCCAAUCCUGACGGAAAGUACGCGUACGGAGCGACCUGCGUGAGACGAUGUCCAGAACAUCUCUUAAAGGACAAUGGUGCAUGCGUGAGAUCUUGUCCAACGAAUAAGAAGGCGGUGAACGGCGAGUGCGUUCCUUGCGACGGUCCUUGCCCAAAAACCUGCAAGGGUGUCGAAAAGGUGCAUUCCGGUAAUAUCGACACUUUCGAAGAUUGCACCAUCAUCGAAGGAUCUAUCACGAUUUUGGACCAGAGCUUCGAGGGUUUUCAACACGUUUAUCCAAAUUAUACAUUCGGCAAACGAUACGAAAAGAUGCAUCCCGAUAAAUUGGAAGUUUUCAAAACGCUGAGAGAGAUCACGGGCUAUCUUAAUAUUCAAGGGGAUCACAUAGAUUUCAAGAACCUCUCGUACUUUCGGAACCUUGAGGUGAUCGGAGGCAGAACGCUCACGGAAUAUUUCGCGUCAUUGUACAUCGUCAAGACUUCCUUGGUAUCCUUCGGCCUUAGUUCUUUGAAGAAGAUCCAUUCAGGCUCGAUUGCUAUUUUGGAGAACAAAAAUCUAUGUUACGCACAGAGCAUUAAUUGGAUCAGGAUCAGGAAAUCGACGGAACAUGAAAGCCUUUUAUCAAAUAAUCGAAAUGAGAGCGAAUGCAUUGAGGAUGGCCUCGUAUGUGACAAGCAAUGUUCGAAUGAAGGAUGUUGGGGGCCGGGACCAGCACAAUGCUUGUCGUGCAAGAACUUUAUUUUAGGAAAUGACUGUCUUCAGGAUUGCACUACAUCAGGAAUUUAUCAAGCGGACAAGAAAACAUGUAAGAUGUGUAACGAAGAAUGCGACAGCUCCUGUAUCGGUCCUAGUGCCGACCAAUGCGUCAAGUGCAAACACGUGCAGGAUGGACCGUUCUGUGUGCCCGAGUGCCCAUCUUCAAAGUACAAUGACAACGGCCAAUGUAAACACUGCCACGAGAACUGUGUAGGCGGUUGCGAGGGACCAGAGAACAACAUAGGCGCCAACGGAUGUCAUAGUUGCGAAAAGGCAAUUAUGAACGGCCAAAUAACAGAGGGAUGUUUGCAGAAGAAAGAGCCGUGCCCCGAUGGACACUAUUAUGAGUGGUUGAGUCCGAUGGAGCAAGGUCCUUUAAAGCCUCUCGCCGGAAAAGCUGUCUGUCGCAAGUGCCACCCACGUUGCAAGAAGUGCACGGGAUACGGCUUCCACGAGCAAGUGUGUCAACAAUGCACCAAGUAUAAGAGAGGGGAGCAAUGCGAGGAUGAAUGUCCUGCAGAUUAUUUCGCGGCUGCUGACACGCAGCUAUGUAUACCGUGCUACGGGGAGUGCCGAGGUUGCUUUGGACCGGAGCCCAGUCAGUGCUACAAAUGCCGGAAUUUCAAGAUUUACACUGACAGCAUAGGAGAUCCUGACGACAAUUCAACGUCCUUCAACUGCACGGAAACCUGUCCACCCGAAUAUCCGCACAAGAUCAUUCCUCCUGACAGUGAGCCAUACUGUUCCGAAGAGCCGACAGGCCUCGGUUAUCACAUCGCAAACGAUUUUCCUCCAGCAGUUUUGGGCGGUAUUCUAUUCGUACUAGCGGUGUUUGUUAUUAGCAUCAUCUUCGUGUACUUCUGGCGAGUGAGAACGAAAGCUAAGGAGGACACAGUGAAGAUGACGAUGGUUCUGACCGGUUUGGACGACAACGAGCCGCUCCGACCGACAGGCGUAAAACCAAAUCUCGCUAAACUACGCAUCAUAAAGGAAGAGGAGAUGAGGAAAGGCGGUAUAUUGGGCUACGGCGCUUUCGGCAACGUCUACAAAGGCGUUUGGGUGCCCGAGGGAGAGAAUGUAAAGAUCCCAGUUGCUAUAAAGGUUCUGCACGAUGGUACGGGUGCAAACACGUCCAAAGAAUUUCUCGACGAAGCUUACAUUAUGGCUAGUGUCGAGCAUCCGAAUCUACUGCAAUUACUUGCGGUGUGCAUGACGUCGCAGAUGAUGUUGGUGACCCAGCUGAUGCCUCUAGGCUGCCUGCUGGACUAUGUACGCAGGUACAAGAAUAAAAUCGGUUCGAAGCCGCUGUUAAAUUGGUGCACGCAGAUCGCGAGGGGUAUGGCCUACCUCGAAGAGAGAAGAUUGGUUCAUCGAGAUCUGGCAGCGCGCAAUGUCCUCGUCCAAACUCCGAAUUGCGUCAAGAUCACCGAUUUUGGUCUUGCUAAGUUAUUGGACAUCAACGAGGAGCAGUAUAAAGCUGCGGGCGGGAAGAUGCCGAUCAAGUGGUUGGCGUUAGAAUGCAUUCAGCAUCGAGUGUUUAAUCAUAAAUCGGACGUGUGGGCCUUCGGGGUGACCAUUUGGGAGAUUCUCACCUACGGCGGCAGACCGUACGAGAACGUCUCCGCUCGAAAUGUGCCGGAAUUGCUGGAGAAGGGCGAAAGAUUGCCGCAGCCUGCGAUUUGCACGAUUGAUGUAUAUAUGAUUAUGAUUAAGUGUUGGAUGCUUGACGCUGAAUCCAGGCCUAGCUUCAAGGAACUGGCAGAGGAUUUCGCGAAGAUGUCCAGAGAUCCUGGGCGAUAUCUUGCCAUUAAAGGGGAUAAGUACAUGAGACUGCCUUCGUAUACAUUACAGGACGAAAGGGAGAUGAUACGAAAUCUCGCGCCAGCGAUGGACGGUCCUGAAGCUUUGGUAGAUGCUGACGAGUAUCUGCAACCUAAGUCGCGGGCUCCGCUCCCGCCCGUGAUUUCCGCGUCAAGUACUUCCGGCUCACCGCCGAAUACGCCGGUGAAGUCGUGCUGGCCGAACGGCAAGCCGCUCGCCGCUGAUUCUCCAACGCCGCAGAAUCAACAAAAUUGGGACAGAGAGCUCUUGAGGUACGGCGGUAAUCACGGAAGCGGAAACGCGUCGCACGAGGCCGGCAAUUCCAGUCAGCACGCGCAUUACGCGCAUCCCAAUGGUCACUGCGGCCACGUCGCAGGGUCAGAUAGCUCGAGUUCGAGAUACUGUUCGGAUCCAUUGAAGAUGGUCAAUGUUAGAGAUUGCGACGUGACGGAUGACUGUUUUGACACGAAAGUGAAUAUCGUGCAUCAGCAAGCUCAAGUGGGAAACUUAAAAUUGGAUUUGCCAUUAGAUGAGGAUGACUACCUCAUGCCGUCGCCACAACUGCCAGUCAAUACGACGCAAUAUAUGGAUCUCAUUGGGGAAUCUAAGCCAACAGAACCCGAAUCAAAGCGAUUAAACAAUGGCUUCCGGAAGUAUCCAGACUUCCUAACAAUUCAAGGGAAGACAUCACUGGACAAUCCGGAAUACAUAAUGUCCCAGGACGAGGGUCCGCUCACGCCACAGACGUUGGGUAUCCCUACGCCGGACUUGGAAAAAGUUUUGCCAAACGGCACCUUCGGAUCUCAAAUUAGGCAACGAAGUUCCGAAGAGGAAUCGGAUCACGAGUAUUACAACGACUUUGAUCGGUUGGAACGAGAAUUGCAGCCAUUGAAGCCCUUUAGAAAGAAUGAAACGACGGUAUGAUUCUAGUGAUACUAUCGAGGAUGCGGAAACAAGUAAAGAUUUCAUGCGUUCAAAGAUGAAUAUGUCGAUAAAAUCUUUACUGGAACAAAGGCUGCAUCUUGAAAAGAUAUAGAAAGAAGCACUGGAAUGCUUUUUGUCAUACAGGACCCAUUGUACUUAUAAAGGACACUUCGUUCAAGUGCCGCGGUUGAUUGUGAUUAGACGUAAACUAGAAGCAUGAGUAUUACGAAGUAUAAAUAAAAUAAAGAGACUAUAAUGAUACGCCGGAAUGGAGAAUCGUGUGACAGCGAUACUCGUCAACAAGUAGUGCAAAGAUAUUCUUAAUGUGCCAUUUGUCGUGGCUUGUAAAUAAACUACUUUUCGUACUAGCUUCUCGAGGAUAUGAGAUAUAUCCUAGGACUUAAUUCGUAACGACAGCGUCAAUAUCGUCUUUGCUUAAUAACUCUUCUCCGGACCUAUAUUAAGGUAUAUCUUGAGCCUUGUCGUUGCAAAACGAAUUUCAUGAUCCCACAUGUAAAAUGAUUGAAAAUUAAAAAGUGAUACAUGUAAACGGAUUUAUUAAGCUCUGCGACUAAAUCUAUUCUACAUUUGUUUUUGCAAUAACGACUCUAACAUUAAUUACGGCUCACAUCUUCCGAAAUUAGAUCUUUACAGGCUUAAAUCGAUUUUGCCUCGUUACCCAUUCUAACAAAGAUAUCUCUCAUUGUCAGUGAACAUUAAGUAACAGUUACAUAAUAUCAAUAUUACAUCUACAUUGUUGAGUAAGAAAUUAUAAUAUUGACGUUAUAUGAGUGGUACUUGGUGUUUACUGGGCUGUGUAUUUUGAAAACUAAUAUUUACCAGCGUUAUCCACUUUUUAACAAACCCGAUAAAAAUGCGGAUCAACAUGUUUUCACGCAAGUAAAUUUCAUAAGUGCAAAAUUAUACCACAAGCGUAAAGUAUUGAAACGUUAAAGUUGUUCACAGCGAUCAUUUGCGAACUUCAAGGAGAUUUAGUGAUCGUUAUUAUAACUUUGAUGAAAAAACCAUUUUUUAGACAUUUUUUAACGGAAUACUUGUAAUAUAUUAUAUAUGAAGUAAUUGUUCAAUGCAUAGGACUUUGACACUUUUUUGCUUUGUCCUACCUUUUUAAAUACAGAACAAGUACACUAAUGACAUUUACGUCGUUAAAUGACGAACCUUCUACGAUCAUUUGUAACGAAUGUAAAUUCAAAUACAUUAUUAACUAAAAAUAUUUUUUUAUAUUGACAAAAGAUUGAAUUUAAAAUUUAAAAUGUAACGUUUUAGUCUUUAUUAUAUAAAAUUAUUGCAUGCAUUCAAACUGACAAUAAUGUCAUUUUAAUUAUAUUAAUGUUUAAUAUGUCCCGUUUGAAGUUAAUGUGUUUAAAGAUAUUUUAUAUGUAUAAUAUCAUAUUUAUUAAGUAUUCCGCUAAGAAUGACGAAAGUUAAGCGGUCCCGCUACAAAGAUCAGCUUGCAACAACGUCCUUAUGAAUCUAAUUAAUGAUAGUCUUUGUUUUAAUCUGCUUUAUGAAUUAUGGAAGAAAGUCCGUAAUUUAGUGAGUUCAGUUUCUCAUCCAAAUGUGGAAGAGGAUGAAGAAAAAUCAGUGUUAUAUCGCUCAAACUGUUAGACGUUAGGGCAAUCGGGUCGAAAUAUUUGUGCGGUACACCGCUGACUGUGAUAUGAAUUACUUUAUUUUAUUUUGGGGACACUCAAAUACCGCAAUAAUUAGCACCUUCCCUUUCCCUGCAGUAAGUUACGACAGCAACGCUACAUUGUCCUAUUUUACUGCCGAAGAUGCAUUCGCCUCGCGUUGUGAUUCGAAUCGAUCGCGACGCAGACGAACGCGACUCUACUUAAGAAUGGAGGAACAUAGUGACACGAAGACGUUUUUUCCUUCCUCUUAUGCCAUCGUCUUUGUAGUUGGAAUCAGUAAAAUUGGCUCUGGGAUGGGAAUUAUCAGUUCAAUUUUUAUACAUGAAAUACGAUUUGUAUAUAGUUUAGCGAAUAGGAUAGUAAACGGGAAUAAUCUCCACAGGCGUACAAAACGGAGAGUAGUCGAACGAAAACAAUGAUCGUACGUCGUCAAAAUACGGCGAACCGUAUGUAACCGCAACAGUAUAUGAUUAGGACGUGCCAUGUACAGAAAAAGGGAAGAAAAUACAGUAAGGAGCAAAUUUUAUAAUGAAAAACGGAUCUUUAUUGUAUUGGAUAAAUUCACGGGAACUCUAUUCUACGAGCCUUGCAUUUGCUACAGAUGGGCAGGGGCGUGCGCGAGAUUGGCGAUCUCUUUUAGAAGUGUGUAAUUAUAUCCAUAUAAUAUAGUUGAUAAACCGCUGUCAUUUUGUGACUUGGAAGAAAAAUGAUAUUACACUAUUAUAAUUAUAUAAUUAUUAGUUGGUCAGACACGAUGACAUUACGGCUCAUCUCUUUCGUAAGGUCUCAUUUUUACACAAUUCCGGUUUUUCUGCUUAAUCUCAUUCUGAUCCUACAUGAGUGUUUAAGCAGAAAAAUGGCGUAAAAUCGAGAUGCGACCUUGCGAGAGAGAUCAGUCGCUUAGCAGUUUUAAUUCUUUUUAAUUUUGAUACUUUUGUCAUAGUAGUAUAAAGUAAUCGAAUCAAGUCAUUCCAAAAAUAUACAUAGAGGAAAAUACUUUCAGAUUUAAAACAUGUACUUCCUCAUUCUUAAAUCAUUCAAUGAUAUUGAUAUUAUCUGUGGUGUCAAUACCUUUAUACGUGGGCAAUGAUUAUCAUUUUCAAAUACAGAAACGGCUGAAAUAUACGUUUCAGCAUAUUCGUUUUUCUGCUAUUGAAGGCACAAAAUGAUACUGAUCGUGAGAUAAAACGCAAUGCAUUUGUAUAUCUUCCUUACCGCAAUCUUAGUCUAUGACGGAUCAAGAGUGUUUGCAAAAAAAUGUGUGCGAGAAACAAAAUGAUGCGUGCAGGUUUUCAAUCUCGCUGCAUACCGUGCAGUAUCUUACACGUAAUAAUGUAGACAAUACGUAUCGUGUACAUUGUGUUAAGUGUUACUAAUUAUUAUUAUUAUUGUAACAUUCUCUUUGUAAUAUAUCAUUCACCGUGACGCAUUACUCGCUACACGAGGAAGGACACGUGAUUUUUCUUGAGCGGAACAAGAAAAUGUCUUUCCACUUUCCUUACUGUCGCAAAUUUGGUAUUAAAUAUAUAAAUUGGACUGCGACUCAGCGUGUUAACUAGAAAUUGUACAGUAUAAUCGAAACGUUAUGUAAUUUGCGAGAAGUUGCAUUUGCCAUUCGGUUGUGGACAUAGAACUUAUAGAUCUUUAUUAUAUCAUUAUAUAUAUCAUAAAAAUUUAUUGUAAUAAAGAACGAAUAUUCUUA